AUGGCUUCAUUUCGUUUAUUUAAUAAUAUUGUUGAUGAGGGUCAUCGAGCUGUUAUUUUUGAUCGUUUUCAAGGUGUUAAACUAGAUGUUAUUGAAGAAAGAACUCAUUUUAUGAUUUCAUGGCUUCAUAGACCAAUUAUAUUUGAUAUUCGUACACGACCACGAUCUGUUCCAUCAAUAACAGAAAUAAAAGAUUAUGAAGAACGUGCUUUACCAUCGAUUAUUAAUGAAUCUCAAUUUGAUACUAUUGAAUUGAUUACACAACGUACACUUAUUUCUCAAUGUGUUUGUGAAUUAUUAACAGAACGUGCUGCUCAAUUUAGCUUAUUACUUGAUGAUAUUUCAAUUACGCAUUUAAGUUUUAGACUUGAAUUUACAAGUGCUGUUGAAUUAAAACAAGUUGCACAACAAGAUGUUGAAAAACAACGAUUUUUAGUCGAAAAAACUGAACAAAGUCGUCAAGCAAAUGUUAUUACAGCAGAAGGCGAUGUUCGUGCAGCUGAUUUGAUUGGCAAAGCUUUAGAUGAAGUUGGUGAUGGUUUGAUCGAACUUCGACGAAUUGAAGCUGCUGGAAGUAUUGCAAAUCAAUUAUCAAAAUCAAAGAAUAUCGUCUAUUUACCACAUGAUCCUCAAAUGUUACUAACAUUACUGGUGCUAUGCAAUGAUAUGAAAGAUUCGAGUACGACUGAAAUGAUGAAUUUCGAUAAUCUCUUUCGAUGUUUUAUAUUAACUCAAUCAUUUGUACGUGGUUGGGAAAAUCCAUUUCAUUUACAAGAAAUUUUUACCUAUCGACGUGAAAAAAUUGCUGUUCCAUCUCAAAUAGCUACAGCUCAUUUUCAACUUGUUCUAUCACGUGAUCAUCGUUUUGGUAUUGAUUCAAUUCCAAUAGGAAUUUGUUCAAUCCUUCUUGAAACUCCAUAUUAUGGUUUAAGAAAACCACCAGAUCAAUCUCGUUCAUCAUUAUUGUAUAUUACCGAUUUACAUUUUAUGGAUAUGAUACGUCUUUUUAUGGAUGAAUUUACAUCUUUAUAUAAUUAUUCAUGUUCAGUUCAAUCAAAUAUAUCUAAUGCUAUGUUUAUUGCUUGUAUACAUGAUGGUUAUGUAUUACGUAAUGUAGAAGAAACACUCAUCCAUUUUCCACAAUUAUCAUGUUUAGCAUUACCCCUUCUCUCAAUUUCAGUAUCAUCAACCACCAGUGAACGUGUCUUUAGCGAAACUGGUAGUGUUCUAGAAUCAUGA